AUGAAAGGUGUAUGCACUCCGGCUAAUCACACGAUACGAACGUCACCAUCAUUCAACCGUAUUAUAACGUAUUAUCUGAUAUUGUUCAGUCAAUACCAGUAUUUUAAAUCACGUAAUAUACCCGGUCCAAAACCAGAAUUCUUUUUCGGAAAUUUUAAAACAUUAUGGAAUGUUAAAUCGUAUUCAAGACAAUUGGAAGUGUGGACAAAACAAUUCGGCAAGAUCUACGGAAUAUUCGAAGGCACAUUGCCGGUUUAUGUUGUAUCCAAUGCCGAUUUUCUUCAAGAAGUGUUCAUAAAACAGUUUUCAAAUUUUUAUGGCCGAAAACCGACCCCGUUAAAGAAAGAACUAAAAGGCAAACCGGUUCAUUUAUUGAAUGCCGUUGGACGAACAUGGAAACGGCAACGUAACGUUAUUAAUCCAACAUUUUCAAGCGCUAAAUUAAAACAAAUGUCUCCAAUGAUGAAUCAUAGCGUUGACCAGUUAAUGAAAAAAUUACCGAAUCAUGCUGAUGAUAAUGAUGAAUUUAAUAUUUACGAUUUAUAUAAACGAAUGACUAUGGAUGUUAUUUGUCGAUGUGCAUUUGGUGUUGAUACUGAUAUGCAAAAUGACCCAGAAAAUAUUUACUUUAAAAAAACGGCACAAGUAUUUGGAACUGAUUUGAAAAAACGCACAAUAGCUAAACUAAUGUCAGUAUUGCCGGAAUUGAACGCAAUAUUCCGUCUAAUAUUUCUAAUGCAAAAUCGUUUACACAAAAUCAUCAAUAAAUUAUUUCCAUCUACAAUAACCAAAUUUGAACAACGACCAGAGAUGUGGUUUAUUGAGCAAAUUCAUAAUAUUAUUGAAAUGAGAACAGAAGAAGUUAAACAACAACGUGUCGAUCUACUACAGCUGAUGUUAGAUGCUGCAACGCGCAACGAACUGCAGGCAAGACUUGAAUGCUCGAUUUUGGCUACACUCCAAGCGGAAGAAGAAUUCAACAGCGAAAUCGAGCAGUCUAUACCAAAACAGCUGAUGUAUGAAGAAGUAAAAAUGAAUACCAUUCUCUUUCUGCUGGCGGGCUAUGAAACCACAUCGACUAGUCUGGCUUAUUGCACUUAUGUGUUGGCAAAUCAUCCGGAUGUACAAGAAAAGCUACAAGAUGAAAUAGAUAAGAAUUUCGAUAGCGAAAACGACAUUGAACAUCCGAACUAUGAUAUUAUAAGUAAUAUGGAAUAUAUGGAUAUUUUCAUUAAAGAGGUUCUACGGAUGUAUCCAAUUCCAGUUUCAAUUAUAAAUCGUGAAUGCAACAAAGACACAACAGUUUGUGGUUAUAAAAUAACGAAAGCAGAUGUAUACAGUAUUCAUUAUGAUCCUGAACUGUGGGGACCCGAAGAUCCUCAUGAAUUUAUUCCCGGACGUCAUGCUGUUAAACGUCAUCCGAUGGCCUAUAUACCUUUUGGUGGCGGACCCCGAAAUUGUGUUGGUAUGAGAUUUGCCUUAACGGAAAUAAAAAUUUUUUUAACAAGAUUAUUAAAAGACUAUUCUAUUAUUAAAAGCAAUAAAUUAGAAACGAAUUUUAAUAUUCGUGAAGCAGGACUAGUUAUUGCUCCAGAACAAGUUUGGAUUAAAUUACAAAGACGUCAGAAAUAA